UGUAAACAAUUGAAUUUUUGAAUGUGCACGUGUUUGAAAACUGAAAAUAUAUUAUACUCAGUUUUUGUAAACUAGGCACCAUAAACUUUAGGAACAGAAAUAUAUAAUAGUAAAAUGAAAGUACUGUCUGAAGAUAGAACUCGAAUUUUAUUUGAGAAAUUAACAAAAUAUAUUGGUGUCAAUGUAAAAUUGCUGAUAGACCGACCGGAUGGAACAUACUGCUUCCGAGAGAAGAAAGACCGAGUGUAUUAUAUAUCGGAGCGAUUAUUACAACUUGCACAAACAGUCAAGCCCGAUCAUUUAGUUUCAGCAGGAACAUGUUUUGGAAAGUUUACAAAAACAAAUAAAUUUAGGCUUCAUAUAACUGCUUUAACCUAUAUUGCACCCUAUGCUCCAUUUAAAAUUUGGGUUAAACCUUCAUCUGAACAACAAUUCUUGUAUGGACAUCAUGUAAUUAAAAGUGGUCUAGGUAGAAUAACAGAAAACACACCGAAACACCAAGGAGUUGUUAUAGUUACAAUGGCUGAUAUUCCAAUUGGUUUUGGAGUGACAGCCCGAACAACAGCUGAGUGUAGGCAUGCAGAUCCAUUAGCAACUAUAGCCUUCCAUCAAGCUGAUAUAGGAGAAUAUAUAAGAUCGGAAGAUACAUUAGUAUAGUGUUUAAUAAAGUAAUUUUUUA